AUUGAUCUAACACCUAAUGGCGAACACGCAAGGGAGUUCUUGCUAUGCGAGGACAAAGUGAAAAAGCUGUCCAUAAAUGGUAUCCUAAUGUUACGAAAUUAGAAAAAGUCGAAAAUAAUGAAUUGUAUAUUAAAUGGCUGAAAGCUAAACUGGAAAUGUUUGAUCCUGACAAAAGCAGUGACUUAAAGUUUCAUGGCACAGAUGACACAGGUGUUGAAGGAAUUACAUCAACUGGUUUUCGCAUGCCAGAAAAACCUGGCAUGUAUGGAAAAGGGAUAUAUUUUGCCACCGAUGCUUCAAAGAGUGCUCAAGAGAUAUACACAAAGGGAUCAAGCAAGUUAUUGCUUUGUGAUGUUUUGGUGGGUAGAGCACUUACUGUCAGUAAAGGUGAUAGUAACAUAGAUUUAAAGAAAAUACGUGAGAAUGAAUGUGAUUCAGUUUUUGCAAAAUAAGAUACACGUAACGAAGGUGGUGUUUUGUUUGAUGAAUUUGUCGUCUUUAAUCCUGACCAAGCUUAUCCAAAAUACAUUAUUCAUUACACAAAAGAGGAUUUGGAUCUAACAAAUGAAUUAAGGGAUAUACAGUUUGAGAGUAACUUUAGUUUGUCAAAACAUGAUUUACUUCCUACUCAAAGAAUGACAAAAAGUAAUCCACUUGACAUGCAUCUUAGGCUUGCAGAAUCUCAGUUUUAUAGGCUAAUGGGAAAAAUGAAUUCACUGAAUGUUGAAUUAACUUUAGUGGAGUUUUAUAUCGAUCCAGUUCUAAAAAGAAAUUUUGAAGCCGAAGAAAACAAGCUUGCAAGAAAGUAUGGUGUAAACAAGGAAGAGAGCAAAUUUAUGUAUGUCUUCCAUGGAACAGGAUCAACCAAAGCCGUUGAAAAUAUAAUGAAUAAAAACUUCGAGAAGAGCAAACAGGGCAAGUUUGGUGCAGGAGUGUAUUUUUCAAAACUUCCUGAAUACACUUUUGCAUACGGAGGGGAAAACCACAUGAUCUUGUCCAAAAUAUUACCGGGAAAAAUCUACCACUGCGAAGAAAUUGCGAUGAGUUCCCGUGAUCUUGAGCCUGGUUAUGAUUCGCAUGGUGGACUUCCAUUAAAUGAUGGUAGCGGUCAAUACAGAGAGAUAGUUAUAUUUAAUACGAAUCAAAUCCUUCCUUGUUAUGUUCUUCAUAUUACAUGGGUAUUAUAAUUAUUUCUGGUAUUCCUUGAAAGCAAUUAAUUUUCUAGGCCUUAUUUUGACGUCGUUGUUAGAGAAGAUAAUACGAUUGUUAUACGCGUGAUUGUUACCAAUAGAUGAACAUUUACCAUCUUAAUAAUUCAAGAAAGAUGUAAAUAUGUACCAACUGAUGUGAACAUUCCUACUACCACUUUUUAUUACUUUGUUAAGGGUGUAUUUUAGUUAAAACAUUUUCGACCAGCCUUGUGUAAAAUUGAGUAACUGUUC